ACGAUACUUCUUGGGGUGACGCAUCCACCCAUCAGCUGUUUUUGUUUUGCUGUGUGGAUAUUGGAAGUUAAUAACAUCAAAACAGCAGCGUCGACUCACUUAGCGGAACAGUUCAUGUUUGUAUCUCGUUUAGGGUUAAGGUUAGAGGUUCGAGAUUAACCACUCGGUGUUGUGUGUGUGUGUGUGUCUCUUGAGUCAGACUGGCCGGACAUUCCUCUCCCUGAAGAGUGUGAGCGUGGCGCUUGGAGUCGGGGGAGAAGAGGAGGGGAAGCGGGUUCCGGCGGGGAUCGACCCGAGCCCGAGGCCUCCGACCCUCGACCGGCGAGAGAAGAGGGAAUACAUCGGCUCGGAUGGAGUUCGAGGAAGACCCGGAUGGCCCUGUUGUGCACCGAGGCUUCGUCUGUGCCUCGUUUAACCAGGACACCACUUCUCUGUCAGUGGGCACAAAGACGGGCUACAGGCUCUUCUCAGUCACUGCUGCGGACAAACUGGACUGUAUCCAUGAGGGGGUGGAGUGUCCAGAGGUAUAUAUAGUGGAGCGGCUUUUCUCCAGCAGUCUGGUGGUAGUGGUCAGUCUGUCCAUGCCUCGGCGAAUGAACGUCUACCACUUUAAGAAAGGUACCGAGAUUUGUAACUACAGCUACUCCAACAACAUCCUCUCCGUCAGGCUCAACAGACUGCGACUGGUGGUGUGCCUGGAGGAAUCGAUGUACAUCCACAACAUCAAAGACAUGAAACUACUCAAGACCCUGCUCAACACACCUACAAAUCCCUCAGGUCUCUGCGCUCUCUCUGUAAACCACAGUAACUCGUUCCUGGCGUACCCCGGCAGUGCCACCAUCGGAGAGAUCACCGUUUAUGAUGCCAACAACCUGACUACCCUGACCCUGAUCCAGGCCCAUGACAGUCCCCUGGCAGCCCUCGCCUUCAACUCCUCCGGAACCAAACUGGCCAGUGCUUCAGAGAAGGGCACCGUCAUCAGAGUCUUCAGCGUUCCUGAAGGACAGAAACUGUUUGAAUUCCGUCGAGGGAUGAAAAGAUAUGUGAGCAUCAGCUCGUUGUCCUUCAGCACAGACGCUCAGUUCCUGUGCGCCUCGAGCAACACUGAGACGGUUCAUAUCUUUAAACUGGAGCAGCACAGCCCCAGUCAAGAGGAGGAGUCUCCUACAUGGUCAGCGUAUAUGGGCAAAAUGUUCACAGCAGCCAGCACCUACCUUCCCGCCCAGGUGUCUGACAUGAUGCACCAGGACCGAGCCUUUGCCACUGUCAGACUCAACAUGUUUGGCUUGAAGAAUAUCUGCGCCCUGGCUACGAUCCAGAAGCUCCCUCGCCUGCUGGUGGCGUCCUCAGACGGGUUUCUUUACAUUUAUAAUGUCGAUCCACAGGAUGGAGGCGAGUGCGUCCUGGUUCAAAAACACAGGUUGUUUGACUCCAGCGAGGAGCAGGUGGAGGAAAGUGAAGAGGAGAAACAGGAGGAUGUCUCUCCCCAACCAGCCAGCCAAUCAUAUGCCGCCACUGUGGCUCUCCCUUCAACGCCUCCUUCCUCCACUACUCUCAUGGGUUACUCUGAGGACGGCGGCGCCCAGAAGGGGGAGAUCUUCCCGGAGCACGAGUUCGCCGAGAGCCCCGUGUGUCUCGACGACGAGAACGAAUUCCCUCCAGUCGGCAACUAGAGUAACUGACCAAACCCCGCCUCCUCUUGUUAAACAUCCACAUCCCUGAAUAAGAUUCAGACUUAUACUUGUUUCAAGCAGGGAUUGGGGGUGGAAUAAUAUUCCUGUGUUGAGAUAUGUUGUGGUGACCUCGCUCUUCCACAUGUAAACCCUGCUGGCCUAGGGUCACAUGUCGCCAAGAUGUUACUUCCUGAUGUUCCUGUAUUUGCAUCCCUGUCUCUUUUUUUCGGAAGAGUUAAGAUUUAAAAAUAAAAACACUAAAAUAGAGUGGGAGGUCCACUCAUGAUUAAAACAGAACAUCUCUUUAUAAGACAGAUUCAAAGACUCUCAAAGAGUCCCACUGCUAAAUUCCGCAUGAUACCAUUAAAGCUCCUGUGAGGAUUAUGACUGACUGAAACGAAUACCGACACUUCUUCAUGACCUUCUAAAGCAAACAAGACUAAUUAUUACUUUGUUGUUAUUGUUAACUGAAGCUGCUGCUGGACGCCUUUUUUAAACACAUUCAGAGGUAACCACUCUCAAUGAGUGAUACAUCUGACUGCUCAAAGACAGCAGGAGAGACUUUCACAUGUACAUGACAAAAUCAGCAUAGGAGUAAACCGCUGCAAAUUAUUUUCAUGGUUGCAUUCAGGUGAGCGUGUGUUUGGUCCAGUAUCAGUGAGCAGACUGAAUGUAACGAGGUGGUCGUGAAUGUUGAGGAAAUCACUAAGACUUGACUCCACACAAUAAGACUCAGUUGACUCAGAUGGCUUACGUUGAUGAAAGUUUAAACAUAAGAAGAAUACUCAUGAGGAGACAUGAUUCAACAUCACACUUCUGUACUCGUGUCUUGCUCAAUCACAUCUGCAGAACUUUUCAAAAGGCAUCGCAUAUAUCCUAAAAGACAUUACCAUGAUCAGGGUCGUGCCACCUAGACUAAUCUGUGACGUCUAUAACACUGGAGCAGACAAUAAGUCUACCAAACAUCCUUACAGAUAUCAGGAAAGACAGUUGACACUUUCCAAGCUGUCCUUGGUGUUCUAAUAACAACUGAACUCUGUCAGGUCUGUCUGACAUUAGAGAACAGUGAAUAAACCUAAUGAUGUCUGUACAUUAUAAUCUAAAUAACUACAGAUUCCACCACAGUGAAGACAGCAGGUUACUGUGGCCAAACUAGGGUCCAGACUGACAAACAAAAUCUCUUAGGAUAGAUGCUUCAAGUCCUCAUACGAGCUUUUUCAAAGAAGCCAAAUGCAAUCACAGAAGUCAAAUUUUCAAACAGAAAAAUGUGUUUUCCGGCACAAAAACAAAUCUAAAAAAAUCUAUCAAAAGUGCAUUUUCAUCAAUCUAGCGUUGAAAUUUCUGAGCUUCAAAACGGGCAUUAAAUGUGUCCCACCUCUACAAGGAGGAGCAGCAGUUCCCUUCAAGAAGGAAAAAAUAAAUGUUUUGGAUGUGACACUUUAUAAGUCAUGAUGCAGUAUGUAUUUUAUGACGUGCAGACGCAGCUGUCAUACUAACCAUGGUGGAGAUAGACGAGUAGUAACAAAUGUAAGCUUCUAAUUUAUCUUGAAGGUUUGUCUGUCCGAGGAGGAGGAGCAGUCAGCAGCUGAAUGUGAAAAGCUUCAUGUUAAGACGGAUGUGACAAAAGUCCUUUCAUUUCAGUGAUAAAUCCUGGAGACCUUUUGAUGCUGAAUUCAGUUUUGUUAAAACAUGAAAGUCAUUUUUACUUUGUUGUAUUAAAUAUAAGUAUUACACGUCGACGCAUAGACUUCCCAUGCGUGCAUAUGUAUUGAGGAUUUGUACUGUGUGUAUAAUGUAUAUAUAACAUUUAUAAAUAGUACUGUUGUAAUAAAGUAACAUGGUAAUACCAUUUGACUUGCCAAAAGGUGGCGCUGAUAGGACACCCCGACGCUGCAUUGAGCUGUUUAAACCAGAGACUCAUUAAAGCUGAGACAUUAUUCAA